AUGGCAACUUCGGAGAAAACGGCCGCCAAGGGCAGCAUAACUACGACAUCUCCAGAGUUAACCGACCUGAACGCUGAUGCCAAAGAUGCAACCGAGAGGKAGCAUUCCAUGACUGUUCGAGAGGCCAUCAAGCUCUACCCGAAAGCAAUCGCUUGGUCCAUCUUUCUCUCCUCGGCAGUAGCAAUGGAAGGCUACGAUAUCAUCCUCAUCGCCGCAUUCUUUGCUUUUCCACCUUGGAAUCAGAAGUUCGGCACCAAGAUCCCAGGAAGUGAAGAAUAUGAAGUUUCCGUCGCAUGGCAGUCCGGGCUUUCCAACGGCGCUCGAGUAGGCCAGAUAUUCGGAUUGAUCCUCAACGGCUUCAUAGCGGAUCGAUUGGGAUAUCGCAAGACGAUGGUGGGAUUCCUGAUCCUGAUGAUAGGGUUCAUCUUCGUCCCUUUCUUCGCAACGGAUAUCGUAAUGCUACAAGUUGGAGUCAUCUUGAUGGGAAUCCCUUGGGGUGUCUUCCAGACGUUGACGACGACGUAUGCAGCAGAGGUAUGCCCAGUGGCCUUGAGGGGCUAUCUCACGACGUAUGUGAACAUGAUGUGGGGAUUGGGACAGUUGAUCGCUACAGGUGCCUUGCGAGGGUUCUUGAGCAGGGGAGAUCAGUGGGCUUAUCGCAUUCCGUAUGCGCUGCAGUGGGCAUGGCCAGUGCCGCUACUCAUCGGAGCGGUGUUUGCGCCGGAGAGUCCUUGGUGGCUUGUGAGGAAGGCGAGGCUGGAGGACGCAAAGAAGUCGUUGAGAAGGCUCACCACUGACGCGCCCGAGGCGGACAUUGCGCAGACCAUCGCCAUGAUGGUCCACACCGACGAAUUGGAGAAGGACAUAUCCGUCGGCACUUCGUAUCUCGACUGCUUUCGAGGGGUUGAUCUUCGAAGAACAGAAAUCACUUGCUUUGCGUGGGCUAUCCAACCUCUGAGCGGAGCAUCUCUACAAGGAUUCUCGGCCUACUUCUUCAGAAACGCUGGCCUCCCCACAACCAUCUCCUUCGACUUCAGCAUGGCUCUGUACGCGGUAGCCAUGAUUGGAGUAGUAAUCGCCUGGUUCGCCAUGUCUCGUUUCGGACGCAGAACACUCUUCCUCGCAGGACUUUCCGCCAUGUGCUUGAUCCUACUCACCAUCGGCUUCGUGUCGCUGGCACCCUCACAAGCAAAAGGACCCAACUUCGCCAUCGGAUCUCUGCUAUUGCUGUGGACGCUAUGCUACGAUAUCACGGUCGGAACCCUCACAUAUGCGAUCGUCACGGAGAUGCCUUCUGGUCGACUUCGCACCAAGACGGUAGUGCUGGGGAGAAGUCUGUACAAUGUGAUUGGAAUCAUCAACGGCAUCAUCACGCCACGGAUGUUGAAUCCUUCGGCGUGGGAUUGGAAGGGAAAGGUGGGAUUCUUCUGGGCCGGCAUGUGCUUCUUGUGUCUUUGCUGGGCAUACUUCCGUCUGCCAGAGGCGAAGGGACGAUCGUAUGGGGAAAUCGAUGCGUUGUUUGAGAGAAGAGUGAGCGCGAGGAAGUUUCACUCGACAAAGGUGGAGCUGUUUCAGUCCAGUGCUAUUGAGAAAAACGGUUAG